UAACAACGUGUUAUAUUAGAAGCGAGCUCCGGGAGUCUGGAGCUACGCGCUACGACGCCACAGGUAUCCCAGUCGCGUCCGGCCUACGGCGUAGCACGCACGCCGCUCCCGCCGCGAUCGACUACGACUCCCGCUCAAAACUCGCUCCAGGAGAAAAUGUAACUUCGUUCAGUGACUUCGGUGAAUUGGAAUUCAAUUGUAACUGUCGACUAAUUAAUUUUGAGAGAUGGCCGAAGGGCGAUCGCGCGUGCAGCAAAACGACCUGCUGCUACACGAGGCCGUCAUCAAGAACGAACCCGAUGCCGUCCGCGAGGCUCUGAGGAGGCCUACAGACGUCAACUGUAGGAAUAAUUACGGGCGCGCCCCGAUCCACUGGGCGGCGAGUCGCGGCAACGUGGAGAUCGUCAAUUUGCUCAUCGACGCCAAAUGUGACAUCGAAGCUGCCGACAAGUUCGGCAUGCGACCUCUCCUGAUGGCGGCGUGGCACGGACACUUGGCGGCCGUGAAGACACUGGUCGACGCCGGCGCAUGUCUGGCUGCUACGAACAAGGUAACCUCCUAAUUUGUGAUUUCACCCGAAUUUUCACUGUUUCACAAAGCCACUGCUUGACCGCAGAAUCAUACAAUCCAAGCUACUUACGCUCUCAUUUUAAAAUAACAUUCUGAAAUAACAUGAAAUUUUACAUGAAGUUAUAAAAAGAAAAUAGAGCGAGUAGAAAGUUUGUAAGUAAAACGCAUACGUCAAGAGCUCAUUGCUUAUACAAUGUACGAGUAUACUCGUAUGUUACAGUCGAACCUCGAAGCUCUGCCGCUCUUUGGUUUCACUAGUCAAUCCUCAGGGCUGACUUACAGCCCGAUUCGAAGAAUGAGAUACGAUAACGAUAAGUUCUGGUUUAGAUAUUGUUUGUAUGUCGUAUAAUUGACAGAAACAGCUCGAUUCGGGCAACCAAUGUCACUUUGACGUUAGAAAUAUCGUAGAUAGAUCUUAUUGGGAUCACAGCGGAAUCGAACUAAACGUCAAUUUUGUCAUGUCGUUUAGUUAUCGAUUUAAUAAAGAUCCUUCCAAGAUCUUAAACGUGUCUUAAUCAUUCUUCGAAUCGGGCUGUUAGAGUCCUAUUCAAACAUACAUGCAUACAUAUAAUCACGCCAAUUUCCCGGAGGGGUAGAUAGAGACCACGGAUUUCCACUUGCUACGAUCCUGACAUUCCUCUUUCGCUUCCUUCACUGUCACAACAUUCCUCAUACACGCGCGCCGGUUUAUAAAUAAAUGACGUUUUAGACCUUAAACUAAAGAAUGUUUGUCAAACCUAGGAGAGACUAAUUUGGUCAGGCAAACGUCGAAUCUCAAUUUCAUGAAAUCGGGUUUGACCAGUCAAACUCAAUUAAGUAUUAGAAUGUAUCCGUUUAGAUUAGUUAGUUUAGAUUAGGUAUAAUAAUACGACAUUUUUAUAUUUUAAUGUUUAUUCUUUUAAUAUUGUCGUAAUUGUAAUUAUAAAUUCGUUCCCUAAGUCGACAGUACAGUACAGAUCAACGUUAGACAGAGUCUGUCAGUCGCUUCUAUCCUAGAAUUAGACAAAGCCCGAAACAGAUUAUUUUACUGUCGCCGUUUAACUGAAAAGUUAGGAACUUCCAGGUUUUACUAAAAAAAAAACAUACCAACCGA